CCCCAGUACACGCGGUUUCCAACAUGGCCGCUUGCUGGCGAAAGUUGUUUAAGAUUUCGCCACAAAUACUGCGCGUUUCUUGCACGUUCUCUUCGGUAUUUCAACCCAAAAACAUUCUAGUUGAAAACUAUAGAUCUUUUUCUUCUACGGUGAGUAAAAACACGCGUUUUUAUCCACAAGUUUCUUCAUAAAUCUAAACUAAAAUCGUCUAGUAGUGGUAGACUGUUGUGCUAUAUUCAUAUUGUACAGUUGUAUUCUAGUUUGUCAUUGCAUUGUUUGUGUAAUUUAAGGUCAGGAAUACGGCAAACAACAGUCUUUGCAGGAUUCAAAGUCGAUUCCCUUAUCGUAAUGGUAUGCUUGCAUUUUUUUAAUGAUUAACUAUUAAUUUCCCCCCUCAAUUCUCAAAGCAGAUUUCCACAUAUCACCAUAUAAACGCUCUCAUUUUGUAUUUUCUCUUUUUUCAGAUAAUAUACCAUUCACCAGCAACAACCAAGCCAUUAAGCAACUCAGUUAUCACACUCUAUCCCCAAAGUAUGCUGUGAAACCUACUCUACUUCUUCAAACUCCAGCCAAGACAAGCAUUCGAACUUUUCCAACUUUGAAUCAAAUCCAGCGCGGAAAACGAAAGACGAAAAAACGCAAACAGAAAUCGAUGGUAGCCAAAGUUAGCCAUAUUCUAAAAGGGCCACAACGCAAAGGCGUGUGUGUGAAAGUCUUCAUCCGUAAACCAAAAAAACCAAACUCUGCUAAUAGAAAAUGUGCAUUACUAAGACUUAACAAUGGCCAGACUAUCAUAGCUUACAUUCCCGGGGAGAAGGCAAGCCUACAAGAACACGGUGUAGUCUUGUUUGAAGGAGGGAGGGUACAAGAUUGUCCCGGGGUUAGGUAUAAAAUAAUCCGUGGAAAAUAUGAUGUAAAUUAAAGAAAACUUUUUGAUGUAUCCAGUGUGGUUAAUUUGUCUCUAAUGGCCCAGUUUUAAUAUCGACAUUUUUUAUAUUGAACUCUCUAAAGGUGAGUCAAAAACUCAUUUUCCACUUGGCGAAUUUGUUCGCGCGAA